GCGGUCACCGACACCUGCCCUCUCCGAAACCCACCGCCCUCUUCGUCCUCGUCUUCCACUUCCACAGAACCAUCGAUGAGAUCAGCUGCGCCGCGGUGACCUGGUGAUGUCCCAUUUCUACUACCUUCUUGGCCGAUUCACUUCCAUCGAGACAGUGCCCAUGUCGAAGAAGGUGAUCACGAGAGAGGAGUGGGAGAGGAAACUCAAGGAUGUCAAGAUUAGGAAGGAGGACAUGAAUAAGCUCGUCAUGAACUUUCUCGUCACCGAGGGCUACGUGGAGGCGGCCGAGAAGUUCCGGGUCGAAUCCGGCACCGAGCCGGACAUUGAUCUUGCCACGAUAACUGAUCGCAUGGCCGUGAAGAAGGCGCUGCAGUCGGGCAAUGUCGAGGAUGCGAUCGAGAAAGUUAAUGAUUUGAACCCCACGAUUCUAGAUACCAAUCCCCAACUUUAUUUUCAUUUACAGCAACAGAGACUGAUUGAGUUGAUCCGCAGUGGAAAAAUAGAGGAAGCUCUAGAGUUUGCCCAGGAGGAGCUUGCACCAAGGGGGGAAGAAAAUCAAAGUUUUCUAGAAGAGUUGGAGAGGACAGUAGCUCUCCUGGCAUUUGAAGAUGUUAAGAAUUGUCCUUAUGGAGAGCUUCUAGAUGUGUCACAACGCUUGAAAACUGCAAGCGAGCUCAAUGCUGCCAUACUAACAAGCCAAAGUCAUGAGAAAGAUCCAAAGCUUCCAAGUUUGCUGAAGAUGCUGAUAUGGGCUCAGAACCAGCUGGAUGAGAAGGCUGCUUAUCCAAGAAUCAACAAUCUAACAACGGCAGCACUCGAAGACCCAGCAGUCUAAAUAUAUGCAGUUUCUCAGAUCACUACUAGGUCCAUUUCUGUGGUUCCGGACCGGUGCUCCGGUAUCGUAUAAAAAGGCUCCAACAUGCAUUAUGCGUGGCUGCUAGGCAAAGUUUAGCUUCGUAACUCGAAUGUGUACAUUACUGGAAUUACUGGAAAGCUCAUCAUGAUUCUCUUUUAAUUUGGAUGGUAUUAAAUGGGCUGACAUGUGUGUUGAGUUUUUA